CGCAGAGGACUGCGCGGGCAAUCCCCGACACGGAGGCUGUCCGCCCCCCCGCCAUGGCGACCGCAAGGCAAGUGCUCUCUCUCUGUGCUUUCCUCUCCCUGCUGCACGCUCGCGCCGAGCCCAUCCGCUACUCCGUAGCCGAGGAGAGCGAGAGCGGCUCCGUGGUAGCCAACGUAGCGGAGGACGCGGGGCUGGCCCCGGCGCAGCUCUCGGCUCGCCGCGCCCGCCUGCUCUCGGAGGACGGCCGGCAGCACCUUCGCUUAGAGCCGGGCACCGGCCGCCUCGUCGUGGCCGAGAGGCUGGACCGCGAGGAGCUGUGCGGCCAGUCCGCUACCUGCACUCUGCCCUUCGAGCUCCUGUUGGCAAACCCCGUGCAGUUCUUUCGGGUGGAGGUGGGCGUGGAGGACAUCAAUGACCACGCGCCCGUUUUCCCGGAGGAACGGGUCACUCUUAAGAUACUGGAAACGAGCAACCCUGGCUCUCGUUUUCCUCUGCAGGGGGCUCGGGACCUGGAUGUUGGCAGCAACAGCAUCCAAGCUUAUAGCAUCUCUCCUGACGAGUACUUUAGUGUUGACUAUGGGACUCAGUCUGAUGAUAAAUAUAUUGAACUGGUUUUGGAAAAGCCACUCGACAGGGAGGAUCAGGGAGAGAUGGACUUUAGUCUCAUUGCAGUAGAUGGGGGCUCUCCACCCAGGAGUGGAACCACCCAAAUCCACGUUGUCAUUCUAGAUGUAAAUGACAACGCUCCCGUAUUCACACAGAAGGUUUUCAUUGCACAGAUUUUGGAAAAUGCCCCACAGGGCUCUGUGGUUCUGAGAGUAGUGGCAACCGAUCGUGAUGCAGGAGUUAAUGGGGACAUCUCCUACCAGAUUAGCCAAGCAGGAGGCCAGAGCCACUCAGCAUUCGAGAUUGACCCCAUGAGUGGUGAAAUUAAACUCACAAAGUCUCUGGACUUUGAGACAGCAGAGAAUCAUGAGCUUAGUGUUCAGGCCACAGAUGGUGGAGGCCUCUCUGCAAUCUGCAAAGUGGUGGUGGAGGUGGUGGAUGUGAAUGACAAUGCACCAGAGGUUGUGGUCAAUUCCUUCAGCAGCCCCAUCCCUGAGGACGCCUUGCCUGGGACAGUGGUCGCCCUCUUUACUGUCAGGGACCGAGAUUCUGGUGUCAAUGGGAAGAUCUCCUGUGCCCUUGAGGACCAACUGUCAUUCUCCCUGCGGCCAGCCUAUAAGAAUUACUUUGAGUUGGUGACUGUCAGCGCACUGGACAGGGAGGAGACGGCACGGUACAUCCUCACAGUCACAGCAGCAGACGCGGGGUCACCUCCUCUCACAACCACCCACACCUUCACAGUGGACAUCUCUGAUAUGAAUGACAAUGCACCUGUGUUCAACCAGACAUCAUACACCAUGUAUGUACGUGAGAAUAAUGUUCCCACAGUGCUCGUUGGAGCCGUCAUUGCCACAGAUGCCGACAUGGGGCCUAAUGCCAAGGUGACCUAUUCCCUUGUCCCACCUCACCUUACAGAGCACCCUCCUUGCUCCUGCAUCUCUGUGAACUCUGAGAAUGGGGAUGUGUUUGUGCUGCGGCCCCUGGACUAUGAGCAGGUGAGGCAGAUCGAGGUUUUGGUGAGUGCCUCUGAUGCAGGGUCACCUCCCCUCAGUGCCAGUGUCACUGUCUACAUUUCUGUGGUGGAUGAAAAUGACAAUGCUCCACUGGUGCUGUACCCCUCACAGGAGAGCAGCCCUGCAUGCAGUGAGCUGGUGCCCAUUUCAGCUGAGGCAGGCUACCUCAUCACCAAAGUGGUGGCUGUUGAUGCUGACUCAGGGCAGAACUCGUGGCUCUCCUACCACCUGCUGAGGGCUACUGAUCCUGGACUGUUUGCGGUGGGUGCCCAGAAUGGAGAGGUGCGACUGAGGAGAUCAGUGACAGAGAGAGAUGCUGUGAAGCAGAAGCUCGUCAUACUGGUGCGAGACAACGGUCAGCCACCACUGUCAGCCACUGCGGCACUGAGCGUACUUCUGCUCAGUGACUUCUCGGACAUGCGCCUACCACACAGCAGCCUGGCCACAGAGGAUGAGGGCAGCUCUCUGACGAUGUAUUUAAUCAUUUCCUUGGUCUUCAUCUCACUUCUCUUCCUCGUGUCCACAGCAGCCUUCGUCGUUCACAAGGUGUGCAAGAGAAAGGAACUGAAGGAUGGGCAUGUGCUUUAUGGUGCCAGCAACUUACAGAGCAGCCUGGCUGAUGCAGCUGCUGCAGGGACCCUGCCCCAUGCCUAUUGCUAUGAGAUCAGCCUCACAACGGGCUCUGGCAACAGCGAGUUCAAGUUCCUGAAGCCCAUCCUCCCCAGCCUGCCACCACAGCUUCAUGCCACAGGUGGGGGUACCAACAGUGAACUAGAUUUCCCCUGUGGCAAUCUCACUGCAGAGGACGUGGCACCAGACAACCCUCCACUCUCUGCGGAGCAAUUCAAUAGUCUUUCCUUUAACUAGCAUGGUGUUGGUAGAGACAGAGGUUUCGUGUUUCAUGACAGGAAGGGAUCCAUGCUAAGAUAUGUGGCAAUGUGACCUCCAGAGUAAAUCUGUAUUUACAGUUGACAUCAGUGACUUCCCAUGAAGACAAUGUGACAAAUAAUACUGACUUCACCUCCCCAAAAACCCCAAGCAAACAAAAAAAGUACAAAUCCAACAAAAGAAACUAAAGGUCUCUCAAGAAAUCGCAUGUUUCUGCUCUGUGCAGCCAUGUCUGAAUUGCUUUCAGAUUAGGAUUAGUGCCAGGACCCCAGGCAAAUUCUUGUCUCAGUUGCUGGCAGGCAACACUUUGGACCAAUUCCUUUGUGCUGUAACACAAUGGCGUGGUGGGGUAGACAAACCACAACUUCACUCAAAUGCGUGUGUCAGGAAAGCAAGGACAUUGUGAGUACUGUGUGACAGUGUAUGAUCAUAGGGCUCUUUCUUCUCUGCAUGUCUCUGAGAUGGGUGGGCUCUCUAUUUUUUUCCUUCUGGUCACUGUGUCUGUGCGUACAGCUGUGUCUGCUUAUGCUGCACAAGGGCUACACAUCAAAGUAGGCAGAUGCUCCCAUCCAGCCAUUGAAAUUCCAGCCCAGCAUGAAGAAAGAUAUUUUGGGUUUUUUAGUAGAAAACUCUCAUAGUCUCUAGCGGAGAGCAGCAGAACAAUUUCUUUUUCCUUUGGAACUCCACAAGGAUUUCCCUGUUUGGUCAAGCUGAUUUUCUGCCCCCCGUGCUUGACUUCUGGCACAGUGGAAUUGCCUUCUAGUAGACUGUAACCAUACAGAGUUAUGAGAACAUUCCUUAAGGAAGAUUGUAAGAAAACUUCACAAGUUGCUUUAAGGAACUUUUUCUGAAGGUAGCAUCAAGAUCAAAUCUGAAAAUGAACUCUGAGUUUGGUAUCGUCAUUGUUGUUCCUGGAUUCAGAGGUUUCUUGAUGGGAGUGGAAAGCUGUUAUGCUAUGAUUUUCUGUGUUUUAGAGCAUUUGCAUUGUCCUUUCUAUCUUUUCUCCCUCUGCUCUGUGACUACAUUUGAAGAUUGUCUCGCCUCUUCCUCUUAAGGAGGAAUGUCACUCCCACAUGUAAUUUAGAAAAGAUUAUUUAAAAGAAAACAGCAUGACAAGGGAUAUUGGGAAACCCUCAUGCUGUGUUGUGCUGCAGUUAUAAGCUGAGCUGUUGUAACAUGGGAGACCCUUGUGUGUAAAAGCAAAAUAAAGAGAACACUUCAAUGCUUUGUGUGGA